GAGGAGCUACUUCCGGAUCCGGUGGCAGGUUCCACUGGCUGGGAGUGAGGUGGUGCUGAGCUCGCUGGCCGGCGGACGGGCGGCUGGGCUGCGGCCCGCGCGUGGCGGGCGAUGCUGGGAGGCAGCUCCGGGACCCGGGAGCGCGAGGCGGAGGGCGACGGGGCGGGGGCUGUGCCUGCGCCGCCUGCCAUCGAGUUCCCGGCCGACGGCUCGGACCCCAAGUAUGAUGAAUCCGACGUCCCUGCGGAACUGCAGGUAUUAAAAGGACCCCUGCAGCAGCCGACUUUCCCUUUUGCAGUUGCAAACCAACUCUUGCUUGUCUCUUUGCUGGAGCACUUGAGCCAUGUGCACGAGCCAGACCCGCUCCGAUCACGACAGGUGUUUAAAUUGCUUUGCCAGACCUUUAUCAAAAUGGGGCUGCUGUCUUCUUUCACCUGUAGCGAUGAGUUUAGCUCACUGAGACUACACCACAACAGAGCCAUUACCCAUUUAAUGAGGUCUGCCAAAGAGAGAGUUCGUCAGGAUCCUUGUGAAGAUAAUUCUCAUAUCCAGAAGAUCAGGUCCAGGGAAAUAGCCUUUGAAGCCCAGACUUCACGUUACCUAAAUGAAUUUGAAGAGCUUGCCAUCUUAGGAAAAGGCGGAUACGGAAGAGUGUACAAGGUCAGGAAUAAAUUAGAUGGUCAGUAUUAUGCAAUUAAAAAAAUCCUGAUUAAUGGUGCAACUAAAACAGAUUGUAUGAAGGUACUUCGGGAGGUGAAGGUGCUGGCAGGCCUUCAGCAUCCCAAUAUCGUAGGCUAUCAUACCGCUUGGAUAGAGCAUGUUCAUGUGGCCCAAACACGAGCAGAUAGAGUUUCUGUUCCGUUGCCAUCUCUGGAGGUGAUCUCCAACGAAGAGGACGACAGAAGUCAGUAUGUUCAAAAUGAUGAAAGUAACAGCUCAUCCAUUAUCUUCGCCGAGUUCACCUCAGAAAAAGAAAAGCCCUUAGGAGAAUCUGGCCUUGACAAUCAGAAUAACAGAUUGGUGAACUACAGCACCAACUUAAUCACAAGGGACACCAGUGAACUCGAGUCAUCCAGUUUGCUCCCAGGAAAUGGUUUGGUGGACUUGCCUUCCAGAUCAAUUGUUGAACACCCGCUGCCACUUAGGCAUCAUUCCGACUUGGAAGAGAAUUUCACAUCCACUGGGGAAUCUUCUGAAAACUUAAGUUUGUUGGGGCAGACAGAGGUGCAGUACCACCUGAUGCUGCACAUCCAGAUGCAGCUGUGCGAGCUCUCGCUGUGGGACUGGAUAGUCGAGAGAAACCAGAGGAGCCGGGAGUGUGUGGACGAGUCUGCGUGUCCUUACGUCAUGGCCAGUGUUGCAACAAAAAUUUUUCAAGAAUUGGUGGAAGGUGUAUGUUACAUACAUAACAUGGGAAUUGUACACAGAGAUCUGAAGCCCCGAAAUAUUUUUCUUCAUGGCUCUGAUCAGCAAGUAAAAAUAGGAGACUUCGGUCUGGCCUGCGCAGACAUCAUACAGAAGAACGCAGACUGGAUCGCUAGGGAUGGGAACAGGACACCCACGCACACGUCCAGAGUGGGUACUUGCCUGUAUGCUUCGCCUGAGCAGCUGGAAGGAUCCGAGUAUGAUGCCAAGUCAGAUAUGUAUAGCUUGGGUGUGAUCCUGCUAGAGCUCUUUCAGCCGUUUGGAACAGAAAUGGAGCGAGUACACGUUCUAACAGGUUUAAGAAGUGGUCAGAUACCCGAAUCCCUCAGUAAGAGGUGUCCCAUGCAAGCCAAGUAUAUCCAGCACUUAACGAGAAGGAACGCAUCUCAGAGACCGUCUGCUGUUCAGCUGCUGCAGAGCGAACUUUUCCAAAAUUCUGGAAAUGUUAAUCUCACUCUACAGAUGAAAAUACUGGAGCAAGAAAAAGAAAUCGAAGAACUAAGGAAGCAGCUGAGUCUCCUUUCCCAGGAGAGAGGGGCCAAGGACGGCAUGAAAGACGGGGGUGUGCCUGACCUGCCGUAAUUAGGCUCCGUGAAUGAGAAUGUGGACUUCUCGGUCUCUGGUGAACUGGAAUGUAAACUUCGUCACUGUUAGAGGAUAGGUCGUACAGUUCUAUUUAGUGAGCCUGGAUAAGACUUAUUAAAGUUGUAGAAGUUCUCCCAAA